CCUUGAUUUUUUGCGCCUAAUUUCCGGACACCCGUAUAGAAAAUGUUUUGGUCUCGUGGAUUUACUGACGUCUUGAACGGUAGGGGACGAUGGACCCCGUUCUACACGAUAUCAGCAAUUUUGUUGGUCCACACCAAUCUAGUCGCCUGCAUCCAGUACCAACAGCUGGAAUUGAACCCUAACGGAAAUGGCGAAUGCGCCUUGGUCCUCGAUGGACCCGGCAGAAGCAGUCAGUUCGAUUAUUCGCUGAAUUUACUUAGAGGUAGCAACUUUGAUUACAAUGGAGCUAACACCUGUAUAACGUACGAUGCAGUGAAUGCUGCGUAUCUUGAUGCUCGCAAAAGAAUAAGGAUUGCCCAACCUCAUGGAGAUUGGAAAGCUGAGGAUGUUGCUACAGUAGGUGAACUACUUUUCGAUAUAUCAGUCAAUCUGGCGAGAACAUACGGUUUGAGCUACGAAGAUAUAGAAAAAGGUCUACCUCUCAUCGAUACCAGUAAAACUCUGAUCAGAGAAGUAUGUCCUCCAUACCUGUCAAAUGUGGAAUGCAGGGCAGGAAAAUACAGAAGAUACGAUGGACUUUGUACGAACUUGGAACACCCCACAUGGGGAGCAACCAAUACACCCUUCACAAGGCUGUUGGGACCGCUUUUCGCGGACGGAAUGUCAGAACCCCGUAUAGGUAUUUCCGGCAGACCGCUUCCGAUGUCCAGGAUCGUCUCGAGGACGAUGCACACCGACGAGGGUUACCACGACCACGCCGGCACUGUCAUGAUCAUCGCUUGGGGACAGUUCAUGGACCACGAUUUCACGUUGCAAGCUACCCCAUUAGACCCCUUCAACAGAAACGACCCCGAGGAAUGCUGCGGCAGGCCGGCGCACCUGAAGCACCCCUAUUGCAACGAGAUCCCCGUCCCUGAGGACGACCCCUUCUACAAGCUGUUCCACGUCAAGUGCAUCGACUUCGUGCGGACGUUCCCAGGAGUGCGACCAGGCUGCCGGCUCGGCUCCAAGGUGCCCUACAACACCCUUACAGGGGUGCUGGACGGCAACACCGUAUACGGGGUCAAGGAGCACUUCGCGAGGAAACUUCGUUCCGGCAUUGGAGGUCUCAUGAGAAUGAACCCAGCUUUCGAUCAGUAUGGUCUGAAAGAUUUGCUUCCUCUGAAAUUGGACAUUCCAGAUGAAGGAUGCACUAGGCCUAAUGCAUCAAUGUACUGUUUCGAAGGAGGUGAAAUCAGAGUGAAUGAGCAACUGAUCCUGACUUGCAUGCACACUCUGAUGGCUCGAGAGCACAAUAGGUUGGCAGAAGGGCUCGCCCAGGUGAAUCCUCACUGGGACGACGAGACUCUGUUUCAGGAGGCAAGGCGUAUCAAUAUCGCCAUCAUCCAGCACAUUACCUACAACGAAUUCUUGCCGAUCCUUCUGGGCAAAGAUGUCAUGGAGAAGUUUGGACUUCUAUUACAAAAAGAGGGCUACUGGAACGGUUACGAUUCCAGUAUAAAUCCUGGAGUCAUUGAUGCUUUCGCAGCUGCUGCAUUCAGAUUUGGGCACUCACUACUACCCACUGCUGUCGAAAGGUGGAGUAAAGCACACAAAUUCAUUGCUUCGAAGCGCCUCUCCGACCUCAUCCGGCGGCCGCACGACCUCUACCGCGCUGGCGUCCUCGACGAGUACCUCAUGGGGCUGCUGAACCAGGUGGCGCAGGCCAUGGACGACUCCAUCACGCAGGAGGUGACCAACCACCUGUUCAAGAAGGUUGGGGCGCGCCACGGCAUGGACCUGGUCAGCUUCAACAUGCAGAGGGGCAGGGAGUUUGGGCUGCCCGGCUACAUGGAGUACAGGAAGUUCUGCGGGCUGCCGUGGUCGGAUGGAUUCGAGGGGCUGUUCGGGGCCAUGCCGAACGAUACCGUCAGGAGGUACACGUCGAUUUUCGAGCAUCCUAAUGACGUGGAUUUGUGGUCAGGAGGAGUUUCAGAGAAACCUCUGCCAGGAAGCAUGCUUGGACCAACUUUCGCAUGUAUCAUCGCCACCCAAUUCAGCUAUUCUAGGAGAGGAGACAGAUUUUGGUAUGAACUGCCAAAUCAGCCAUCAUCUUUCACUUCUGAACAACUUCAAGAAGUCAGAAAAGCAAGAUUAGCCAGGAUCAUUUGUGAUAACACAGAUUUGAUUGACACUAUUCAACUGUAUCCAAUGGUGUUGCCAGAUCAUGAAAUUAAUCCACGGGUUCCUUGUCGAUCAGGAGUAAUUCCAGGAAUAGAUCUCUCAAAAUGGGCUGAAUUUCCAAGGGACGAGUACCAUAAUGCUUUAGGAAAAUAAUGAUAUUACUCACCCAGUAUUUGUAUAGGUCUAGGUCUGGAGUUGCCAUUAUGUACUAUAUCAAAAUUGUAUGAAUAUUUGAGGUCAAGUGAGUCUAUAUAACACAUCAGUUUGAUCUAGAAAAAUGACAAA